AUGUUACGUGGAGAACUGUCAUUGGCCCAGUUAUUCAAGAACACUUUCUUGCUUCUCUUUCGACCGUCUCUUGCGCAUUUCCGGUACAUCUGUAUAUUUAUAGCUGCUAGAGUGAUGGUUGGGAGUAGUUUCGAGGUCCAAUCGGUUAACGGGAAAUCUGUUGCUAUGCCGGAGAUGAUGACAUUGGCGGCGGAAGAGAAUUUAUUCGAUUUAACGGUGGUUGAGGAGCCGGAUCUUGAGGUUAAAGAGAAGGAAAUAGUGUUGGGCAGGAACGUGCACACCACUUGCCUGGCGGUGACGGAGCCCGAUGCGGAUGAUGAGUCCACGGGUGAUAAGGAGGCUCACAUGGCCAGCGUCCUAGCUCGCUACCGGAAAACUCUCAUAGAACGCACCAGGCACCAUCUAGGAUAUCCAUACAAUUUGGACUUUGAUUAUGGUGCGCUUGCACAGUUGCAGCAUUUCUCUAUUAACAACCUCGGCGAUCCAUUCAUUGAAAGCAACUAUGGUGUACACUCAAGACAGUUUGAAGUGGGGGUUCUAGAUUGGUUUGCCCGUCUUUGGGAAAUUGAAAAGGAUGAUUACUGGGGAUAUAUUACAAACUGUGGUACUGAGGGUAAUCUUCAUGGCAUCCUUGUUGGAAGAGAAGUGCAUCCAGAUGGAAUUUUGUAUGCAUCGAAAGAAUCACAUUACUCUGUCUUCAAAGCAGCAAGAAUGUAUAGAAUGGAAUGUGUAAAAGUUGCAACUUUGGUCACAGGAGAGAUAGACUGCACAGAUUUUAAAACUAAGCUGCUUACCAACAAAGAUAAACCAGCAAUCAUCAAUGUCAACAUAGGAACUACAGUUAAAGGGGCUGUUGAUGAUCUAGAUCUUGUCAUACAAACUCUUGAAGAAUGUGGAUUCUCCCAUGAUAGAUUCUACAUCCACUGUGAUGGCGCUCUAUUUGGUCUGAUGAUGCCAUUUGUCAAAAGGGCACCGAAGGUAAGUUUCAAGAAGCCCAUUGGAAGUGUGAGUGUUUCUGGCCAUAAGUUUGUGGGAUGUCCGAUGCCAUGUGGUGUGCAGAUAACAAGGCUACAACACAUAAAUGCACUUUCGAGCAAUGUUGAGUACCUUGCUUCAAGGGAUGCAACAAUUAUGGGAAGUCGAAAUGGCCAUGCUCCAAUCUUCUUAUGGUAUACCCUGAACAGGAAAGGGUACAAGGGAUUCCAAAAGGAAGUCCAAAAGUGCCUUAGGAAUGCUCACUAUUUGAAAGGUCGUCUUAUGGAAGCAGGAAUUAGUGCCAUGCUCAAUGAACUGAGCAGUACAGUUGUGUUUGAGAGACCUUGCGAUGAGGAGUUUGUUCGACGUUGGCAGCUUGCUUGUGAGGGAAAUAUGGCACAUAUUGUUGUGAUGCCGAAUGUCACCAUUGAGAAGCUGGAUUACUUUUUGAACGAAUUGGUUCAAGAACGAUCAAUCUGGUAUAAAGAUGAGGAAGUUCAGCCUCCUUGUCUUGUAGAAGAUGUUGGGACGGACAACUGUUGCUGUGCACUUCAUAAGUAA